UAUUCAGGUUAAUUGAAAAUGGCUUCAGAAAUAGAUGAAGCCAUUGAAUUAUCUGAGGAAGUGGAGGAGCAUGACAAUUGAAGGGAUGCCAAGAGGUUGGUAUCAUCUUAAAUCACCAUUCUAAAAUGCUUUUGGUUCUGGAACUCCCUCAACAGUAGCUUGAGUUUGUGGAGGAUUAGGUAUGUGCCUUGAAUCAGUUUUCAUUUCUGCACAGUAUGUGUAAGAGUACUGUAGUAGAUAGAUAACUACUACUAAUGGUGUUAUGCUAAGCCUUUAUCUCUAGAAAGAAGCUGGUGCUCCUCAAGAAGCUAAGGAAUUUAAGUUCCCCACUGUAUAAUAACACACAGAUUACCCAUUCCAUAAGUGAAUUUAAUAUAUUAUAUUUAGAUAAGAUGGGUCACAAUUUUGAUGUAAAUGUCCCUUUUCUCUCCCUUGAUACGUGGGGUUCUUGAUGGGUGAUAGGGAGAGAUGCAGACAAAUGUACAAAAGGGAAAUUGAGGGUUAGUUACUUUGGGUUUCUAACAAGUACUAGGUUUGUGUAAGUGGAAGUUAAUUUGGUUGGUUGGGAAUUAUAGGUUGGGUUCGAGGUGAAGAGUGUGAAUUGUGCUAAUCAAUGGAUGGGAUCAUUGAAGUUAAAUAAAGUUCGAUAAGAAGGGAAGGGAAGGCAGCUAAGAAGGGUCUCCAGGUAAAUGGGUUAUGGUGUUCUUACCACUGAUUGUGCAGGAAUUGAUGUUAAAGCAAUUGCUUAUAGGUGCUUGAAGAUAAAUGUAUGAGCCGACUUAGCAAUUUGUGACGAGGAACACAUUUGGUCGAAUUGUGUGGUAACAGGGUUGUCUCAACUUGUGAUAGAUUUCAGCUGCUGGGUAUGAUAGAUAGGGAUUUCCCGAGCAACCUAGGCAAAACUAUGUGAAUUCAUUGUCAUGAAUUGCCUUGUUUCAUAUGAUUAGUUCAUAGCAAACCAUGUGACCUAUAUCAUUAACAUUUUUGUUCAAUGUCUAGCUGGAGAUGCAGUCCAUUUGGAUAGAAGCAAAGGCAGUCAGGCAGAGGGGAAGCUUGUAUCAAGCCGUGAGAUUGUUCAGAAGGUCCUGAAGAAAAAGGUGAAGUAUGGACCGAAGGAGAGCCCAAGAUCCGCAAAGGAGUUAGAAUGUUUUGUGUCAUGGUAGAAAACUUGAAAUGUUUGGUUAUGGUGAACAAGGAGUUAGACUGCUAUGGAAAUGGUUGUAAUGUUUUAGAUCUUUGGUAAUCUUUCCAUUAUCAGAUUGCAAUGGAGGAAACAAUAAGUUAAAACCACCUUUCCUGACAACCUAUACUCGUCAUAAUAUGCAGUUAUGACAAAAUAUAUUUGUCAUGAUAUUCAGUUAUUACAAAAUAGAGUCGUCACAAUUAAAACUUGUGACAAAAUGCAGUCGUCACAAUAUGAAGUUAUGACAAAAUAUAAUAGUGUAAUAUGACGAAAAAUUCUACCAAAAUCACCAGAUUAUGACAACUGUAAUGACAAAAUAUGUCGUCAUAAUAUCUUUGUUUGUCACAAUAGACUAUACAGAACCUCGGCUAUACUGAAAGCAAAUGUGACAAACUUGUUUUAAUUUUUUGUCAUAUUUGACCUAUCUUGACGGCGAUAAAAUGACAAACCUUUGUGACAACACAUUUUGUCAUAUUAUACAUAAUAUGACAAAAUGGCUAUCUAAUAUGACAAAAUUGCCUCGUCAUAACAGGCCAAAUUUGUUGUAGUGAAAGAUGGUGGCCUAUUGACUCACUUCUACUGUCACUCUAAGAAUUGGCCAAGUGAAACCACUUCCUGAAGCGUAGUAUAGCGGGUUUGGGUUUUAAUGUCAAUCCGGGUCCUAGAUUUGAUGACUACUCAGUGAAUUCUUGUUAUCUAGCAAUGAAACUUUAAUGCAGGUUUAAACUAACAAACUAACAAAGCAAGUAAACGGUUGUAUUCAGGUUAAGAGAGGUCACCCGGAUAUGGUUCCCCCUAGACUGCAGUUAAGCCGGAUUGUAAUUACCAAGUUCAGUUUCUAUGAUAGUUAUACUGCGGAAGGUUCUUAAACAGCCUGAAGUCUCGACUAAAGGUCUUCAGACCCUCUCAAUCUGAGUCUCUAGCGGGCGACUAACCUCCACCGGAGUAAACAGAUUGAGGCCUUAACAAACAAUACCUCCACUACCGGAGUAAAUCCGGUACAGAAUAGUGAGUUGGCUCCUCGACUAAAGUCACCAACUCCCUACCUUCAAUCAAGGAUGCUCUAUCAACCUAGGCAGAUAUUCUCAUUCUAGGUUAAAGCAAAAACAACAGGAAUUUGAUCAGGAUUCAAGUCAUUCAAUCAUUCAAACCUCAAUCGAAUAUAAUCAAAUCAUAGAAUCAGUACUUGGGUUCAUAAAUCAAACCCUAACAUACAAAUCUAGGGUUCUCCAUACCCAGAUGAAUGGGAGAACUACUCCAUGGAGAAAGAAGCAAAAGCAGAAUCAGACGCGGAAUUCAUACUGUGAAGGAUGGAUUCCUGCUCCUAGAUGUUGAUCGGCACUUCUCCAAGCUCAAACUGGCCUCCAAUGGUGAUGAAGAUCAAGCUAGGGCACUUGGAGACUCUUGUUCGUCGCUUUCUCUCUCUAGGAAUCGCUCUAUCUCUCUCAAAACUCGAAUCCCCUUCGGUUUGGCUGAAAAUCUGCUUAAAAGGGCAUCAGUGGCCAAAGCACGGUCGAGGGCACGGCCGUGUAAUGCCUCAUCCCGCCCGUGCUUUGGCUAGGGUUAAUUACACGGCCAGUGCAUUGGGAGAAACACGGGUGUGUUUGAUGAUGGACACUGCCGUGCUUGUGGUGGCCACGGUCGUGCUUUGUCUAAGCCCUGCCCGUGUUUUUAGCCAAUGUUUGCCAACUCGAAUUUGCUCUCGGCAGUAAAAGCACGGCCACAGAACACGGUCGUGUUCUGUUUUAGGUGUGCCCGUGUUUUGACUCCAGCUCGACGAAAUGACUUCCGAAUGCCCCGAAACUCGUGCUUAGCCUUUCCUUUGACGCCUGGGACCUGAAAUAUGACAAAAUAGCACAACCCGGCGUAAAAUAGGCCAAAAUACACGACUAUGCCCCUCAAACGGAUAAGAACUAGGGGCGCAAAUAUGUGCAAUUACAUCGUUAUCAAAUUCCCCCACACUUAACCGUUUGCUUGUCCCCAAGCAAACCUAACUCAAACCGAUGCAACUCUCCAGACCUCUAUAGCAACAAACAACCCAGAUCGUAGGUAGAGGACUUCCUAGAUCAUUUAGCAGCUUACGGGGUCAACCGAUGCACAAGUCAUCUCAUAGCUCCUUCGGCGAGAGCACUAGUAUCGAGUCGGCAUCAUGGCGAAUAGUGAACAGAGGACAAAUGAAUUGUGGAUGAAGAGAUUCUCCAAAAACAAAGGAUCAUGGACUCA